GGGCACUGUUUCUUUAACCAGGCCUUGCCCCUUUAAAAGAUGUGGGUGUGGUUAUGAGGCUGGCCACUCCCCUUUUGUGAUGCAUCUGCUAAGAAGUCCAUAGCAUGCUUAGUGUCAGCAGUAGCCACAGCGCCCAGCAGUAACUGUGAUACCCUCCCCUACAUGCAGGCUGGGCGGGAUCUGUCUGCAAAAUGUGUCUGUCCUUAACCCUCUGUGCCCUUUUCAUGUGUUAACACUCUCAGUCUGGCUUUUGCUUUUUUUAUCCUUACCCCGCUGCUCAUGUUUCUGUUCUCUCUGUGUGUCUAUAACCUCUUCCCUCCUUGUCACUCUCUUGCUCUCAGACGCUUCCCAGCCUUGCAUUGUUUCACAACAUUUCCCAGUGGCAGACAGGGAGGAGGAGAGCUGCACUUGUGCUAAAUAUCUCGCUGGAGACCACCAGCUCCUGGAUAGACACCCUCACUACAGCUGGGAAGUGAAAGGCUGGCAGUGCUUCGAGCUGCAGAUUGCCAGCGAGACGGACAGGCUGAGGACGAGACCAGAACUGCCAUGCGUUUUUGUAAAGGGCACGCUGUCUUCUUGUGGAAUAUAAAAUGUAUCUAAGGCUGAAUCCAGAUGCAGUUCUUUGAAAUUACCAAAAGACUUCUUCUUUGCAUUUGCAGGCUCUGUUCUUCAUCGUGACUGUUAAAAUAUGGAAGGAUUGUUCUAAAAACACAAAAUUGCAAUUUGUGUCCUCCAUGACCUGGUUGUAAGGAGAGAAAGCUGAUCCCGAACGCUGCUGUUCUGGAAUGCAUUGUGCCCUGCUUAUAACGGACAGCUGGAUAUAAAGUCGUGUGUCUGUAACCAUUCUCCCCCCUUUUUCUCGCCGUCACUUACAGUUGUUGCAUCUCUGCCUGUGCACAAGUUUUUCAGCCCAUGAGAAUGAUCCGUGUCUGCUGUUUUUUUACGCUUUCAUUUCUGUGGCAGCUGCUGGCAUUAGCCCGGACGCUGGAGAUGGGUCUCUACGACGUGGAGAGGGGGAGGGAAGCCAAGUGUGAGCCCAUUCAGAUUCCCAUGUGCCAGGGCAUUGGCUACAACAUGACCAGAAUGCCCAAUUAUGUAGGCCAUGAGUCCCAGGCAGAGGCAGGGGUGAAGCUGCAAGAGUUCGCCCCUCUUGUUGAGUAUGGGUGUCACGUACACCUCCGUUUCUUCCUCUGCUCUCUCUAUGCCCCCAUGUGCACAGAGCAGGUGUCAUCUUCAAUCCCAGCUUGUAAACCCAUGUGUGAAUCUGCCAGGCUUAAGUGUGCCCCCAUAAUGGAACGCUUCAACUUUGGGUGGCCUGAGUCACUGGACUGCUCCCGGCUUCCCAGCAAAAAUGACCCUAAUGCCCUCUGCAUGGAAGCACCUGAGAAUGCCACAGGUAGUGACCCACCAAAUAAUGGACAAGGUAUGCUCCCUGUGGCUCCACGUCCUCCACGUCCAUCAGGUGCUGGGAUUGGCGUUCCCAGCCGGUGUGCUAACCCCGACAAGUUCCUCUAUGUGGAGAGGAGUGGAGUUUGUGCCCCAAGGUGCAAUCCUGGUGUGGAUGUCUAUUGGUCAUCAGGUGACAAAGAUUUUGCUCUUGUAUGGAUGGCAGCCUGGUCUGGCCUAUGCUUCAUCUCAACUGCCUUCACAGUGCUGACUUUCCUUCUACAUCCCCAGCGGUUUCAGUAUCCUGAGAGGCCCAUCAUCUUUCUCAGCAUGUGCUACAAUGUCUAUUCCACUGCAUUCCUCAUCCGUGCUGCUGCUGGCGCCCCCAGCAUAGCCUGCGACCGUGAAGGGGGAGCUCCCUACCUAAUCAGAGAAGGCCUUGAGAGCAGUGGUUGUACUCUGGUUUUCCUAAUCCUUUAUUAUUUUGGCAUGGCCAGUUCUCUUUGGUGGGUUGUGCUGACUCUCACCUGGUUCCUUGCAGCCAGCAAAAAAUGGGGUCAUGAGGCCAUUGAAUCACAUGGUAGCUACUUCCACCUGGCUGCUUGGGGAGUUCCAGCUGUAAAAACCAUAAUUAUUCUCACUAUGCGGAAAGUAGGGGGAGAUGAGCUGACUGGACUCUGCUAUGUUGGUGGGUCUGAUCCAAGUGCCCUUACUGGCUUUGUCCUAGUGCCACUGUCCUGUUACUUGGUUACAGGCACAUCAUUCCUCCUGACUGGCUUUGUUGCCCUCUUCCACAUCCGACGAGUAAUGAAGACUGGGGGUACCAACACAGAGAAACUGGAAAAGCUUAUGGUUAAGAUUGGGGUAUUCUCUAUCCUCUAUACAGUCCCUGCUACCUGCAUCAUUGUCUGUUGCUUCUAUGAGCGCCUCAACUUAGCUCACUGGGAAUCCAGGGCUCGUGAGGAAACCUGUAGGACAACGACUGUAAGUGGCAGACCGGACUGUACCUUACCCCGGUCCAUUCCCAGUGUAGCAGUCUUCAUGCUUAAGAUUUUCAUGUCAUUGGCGGUGGGCAUUACCAGCGGGGUAUGGGUAUGGAGCUCUAAGACUCUGCAAGCCUGGCAAGGCAUAUUGUGUCAACGGCGGCUUGGAGUAGUAGGUGCAAGGACUCAAGGGAAGCCUCGUGGUGUGGUUCCCUGUAGCUUGGGGAGCUGUCCUUACAAAUCGCCCCCACUGACUCUACAAGUUGCCAAGUCUGGCCCCUUUAUGGACACCCCAACACAUGUAUGAAGCACAUGGGAAAAAUAACUAAAGGGAUAGAAUGUUUCAAUUCAGCCCUAAAUUGGUAAAUACACUUUCAUAAGCAGGUUUAAUGAAACUUGUUUAAACUGAUAGAGUACAGGCUUUUCUAAGUGGAGUCACUCUCUUGUGGGGAAGGGUUAUUUGAUUCAGCAGCACUAAAGAAAAUUAAGAAACAGGUUAUGAACCUGAAGCACUCUAGCAGUAAUGGCAUUCUGGAAAGUGAUGUCCUAUUAGUGUGCUUUAUGCUGGGUCUUUAAUUUGCCUAAAUACCCCUUUGCUCUUGGCUGCUUUUCUUUUGAACACUGAGCCCAUAAUACAGCUCUUUUUGGAGUGUUGCCCUCUCUCCCCAAGCUCACAGAACUCAAAAAGACACACUUCACAGUUUAUCUCAGUCUCUUUUCUAAAAUUUCAAAUCUGUUCUUAUGCUGCCUUGCAUUGCAGGACGCUGAUAUUCCUUGCUACUGACAUGAGAAAGAAAGGUGUUAAGUGUUUGUUUUUUUGGAGCGGCUGGUAGCUGACAGAAUACGGUUAUUGGGCAGGAAUGCAUGUACACAGAAAAGAAUGUGUUAACCGACACAUAAAGGUUCUCCAGCCAAGCAGGGAAUUGUUACUAUAUAUAAGUGCAAUGCAAUAACUGGUAUAAGGGGGAGUGCAUUUGUUGUGGACACAGCUGAGUUAUGAAUGGAAAUUAAAUAAUUCAUUACUCAGAGGUGGAAUUAUGUCCAGUUUCAGGUCUACCUAACCCCUCUCCCUUCAUGACUCACGUUGAUAAAGGUACAUUGAAUUAAGGGUCACUUUAAAUGUCAGUAUAACUUUAUUUAAAUAGCUCUGUCGCUGCAAAUGAGACCACAUACCCGGUACCACUUGUUAAUGUAUUUGGGAUAUUAUUACUUGCCACCAAGGGCAACAUCUAAUAACUAUUUAAGAACUGAAAUGGAAUAAUAGUGCAUUGUCUUUGGUGCAGAAGUAGUUAAAUGUAUUUUUUGUAUUUCAUUUUAACAGUAAAAUAAUCAUGCAUCCAUGGUAAACGGUUGCAUCUUCUACAUUGCAGAAGACGUGUUGGCUAUAAACACCAUAGUAUGUUCUAAGCACAGCCAAAGCUUGCUAAAUAGUUGUGAUUUGCAGAUAAGGGAAUUCAACACCUGGCACUUAAAUACAGCACUUGUCAACUAGGGAAGCAUUUUAGGAGCUGUAAUCUGCAUUGGGUAAAUGGCUAGAAGAUGUCUAUCCGUGUUUCCCUGAAUAAGUGAAGGGGGUUAGAUUCUCAGCAUUUUAAAAUGGUAAAUAUUUACUGCUGCCCAGGGACUAGCUCCUAAAUACAUUAGCUUGAUUUGUUAUUAUCCCAGAUACUUAGCUGGUGUUGGUUGGCUAUUUAUAAAAAACUAAAGUAAACGAAUACAGGAAAAAUUGCUUUUAUUUACAGCGUCACAAACAAGGCUACACGUCUGUCUCGUAGAAGUGUUAUAAAACUGAAGUGUAGCGUUGAUUGUGGCGAAUUUAAUAAAUAGAUGCUUUUCAGAAGUGGUAGCUGAUGAAUACACCCAGGGCAAAAACAAAAAUUAUGAUAACCUGCAGAGAUUAAACAUUACUUGGCAUUACCGCCUACGCUCACCCAGCCUAACUGAAAAGGAGCAAUCGCUUAAUUAAAAAUUUAAAGGACGUACGUUUAGGGACAGAGCACAAUAUGCUUAAAGUGAAAGAUGAGCUUUAAUUCACUAGCCACUGUAGGGGGCUAAUAGCUACUUAGUGGAGGUCUCCGAGUUCUCCAAAACAUUCAAAUCUCCUAACCCAAAAGGCAAGUGAAAAUGCAUUGAGGCAGAAAAUCUGCAAUUCCUGUGGUACACCGAAUAAAAGGGAAAAUGUGUGGUAUGUAGAAAGGGUGGACCUCAGCUGUUCUCUUAUUUUCAUUUAGGGAUUUAAAAAAAAAUUAUAAAUCAGUUAAUUGUGUUGAAUUGACAACUAGCGAAUAACAUGAUGGCAAAGAAAAUUCAAUUUAAAGUAACUUUGUCAGUGAAUCAACCCACUUGUGUUAUGUUUACCAAAAUGUUGUAAUUCAGUUGUUCAUUCAUCAUAAAUUCAUUUAGUAAAUAAUUCCUUUAAAGGGGUAUUGGGCACAUGGCCAGCAGUGCAUUGUAUUAAAGGAGCCACAUGGCAAGCCCAGCAGCUAUAUCAAAAUUCUCUGGAAGUGUCAAAGGCUGACUGCAUAGAUGGGAGUUGGAAUAUAUAUAUAUAUAUAAAAGCCAAUAAUGUAAAGCCAGUAGCUUCUGGAAUUGUGUUAUAGGAGUCGUAGUUCAAUUGACAGCAGGAGACCAACAGUUUGACACCCAGGCAGAAAUGCAUGACCAAGUACAGUGUAAGGCAACACUCCAGGUACUGUCAACUACAGCUGCUGAGAUAAUGCACCUUCAGAGGCAGAAGUGCCAAUAUUUGUCUCUCAAUCUAUGGAGUACAUCAUUUUUUUUAUUUCUAAUUUGUUUAAAAAAAAAAACGAAUUUUAAAUAGCAGAUUUAAACAGUACAUUUUAGAACAGACGUACCUAAAAGGUAGCCCCCCAGAUGUUGUAGAACUACAACUCCUUUAAUGCUUUGCAUGCCUUUAGAAUGACAACGCAUCAUGGAAGCUGCAGUUUCAAAACAUCUGUGGAUCUACUUUUUGGGCACACCUGUCUUAGAACAUAGAGCGACUAUUCCCACCUAUCUGAAUUAUCAUAGCACUGCAUUGCGUGUUCUGCAUAUAUUGUAUAAUAUUGUAAAGCGCUGCGGAAUCUGUUGGCGCUAUAUAAAUGGCAAUAAUCAUAAUAUACCACCUUCUCAUGAGGAUUUUAGAGAUCCAUCUUAAACCAGAUCAUCAGAGGUAUUUACUAAACUGUAAAGUGUCAUGAAAUCACAGGUUGUUCAAAGGUUAUUGAAAAUGUUCAGCUCAAAUUCGCCAAAUUGCAGAAGUCAGCUAUGAUUCGAGUUCUGCUAUUUUGGCCUACAAUUUAAAUUCACUGUGAAUUCCUGACAUUUCACAAUUAAGUCAAUAACCUGACACCUGUGCAUGAAUACAAACGACCAUCAACAUUUUACGUACUACAACCCUGAGCUGUGGUUUUAUGUGUGAUUUAAAAUAGCAGUGUGGCCACCUACCUUGAAUGGACUAAAUUACAUGUUGAUGGCUGGAUAAUUAAAUAUAAAUGCAGUAAAAUGCUAUUGAGUAGAUGACAUGCUGCUGGUUUUUAAUGUUUGUUUUUUAAAUACAGGUAUUAUGUGAAUGGCAUUAACUUGCAAACCAUUCAUUCUUUAAUUUUUUUUUUAUUCGCCCAAUGACCCUUUAAAAAAUGAAUUAUCCGAAACACCUUAAUUUUACUCUUCUGAUGAUCCGUAAUUUCUGGAUGCACUUUGGAAGGCUGUGCAUUCACAGUAAACAAUCUGUUUUGAGCAGAGCCUGAUAGAUAUGAAUUGCCUGUUCUAGCCCCUUGGGGAGCCACUGAAAUAGAAUUCUGGCAUAAUUUUGAGCACUAGCCAUGGAGUUAAACCAGUUAAAUACAUCUUUAAAAUAUAUCAGUCAUAUUUUAUUGUUAUGUCUAUUUCUUUCUCAAAGUUUUUCUACCAUUUCACCUUUUGUGGUCUUUGAUUUAUAUUGUUAUAGUGCUGAAGGCAGUGUCCUGUUACAGCAUGGGCUCAGUUACAAGGAGUAGAAUGAUAAGUAACCACUCACUGUAGAACAGAUACUUCUCAAUUCUGUUAAUUGUUUCUCAGGAUGCCAGGUUUUAAGGUCAUGGAGUAUAAAGUGAUCCACAAGCGAUCACAAUGGCAUGAAGAACAAAGACAUGCACAUAAAGGAACACUCAAUUUAAAACAAAACAAAAAGUUAUAUAUAUAUAAUUGGAGCAUUCCUAUUUGUGUUUAGAUUACUGCCCCUUUCCUCUAUUUUGCCAUUGAAAUAGUUAAAAGUAACGAAACUCCUUUAUUAUUAUUAUUUUAUUAUUUAUAUAGAGCCAGCAAAUUCCGUAUCGCUGUACAAUGGGUGGACUAACAGACACGUAAUUGUAACCAGACAAAUGGAUGCACAGGAACAGAGGAGUUGAGGGCCCUGAUCAAUGAGCUUACAUGCUAGAGGGAGUGGGGUAAAGUGACACAAAUGGCAUAAGUACGGGUAAUGAAAUAGGUUGCUUGAAAAGUAUUCACUUUAUUCCAGAGCCUCCUUGGGGCAGCUCCAUCGUGCCUCCUGUGAAGUCAUUAUUACUGAUGUGUCCAGUCAGAAUCUUCGGGACACACAGUGUAUUGCAAUCUGCCCAAAACGCCUCUCAUAGAGAAGCAUUGGAACCAGUGCUUCUCUAUAUUAAUCACUCCCUUCCAUUUUGAAUGGUGAGUGUGGCAGGAAACCCUCCCAGGUGUCUGCGUCAAUGCUGGGAGGUGUAACUAAAGAGAUUUAUAAAAGUGCCAAUUUUGCUUGAGCGGUAUGGGACAUUACUCCUAUAGCACUUCAAUAAGCUGGAGUGCUUUAGGGGCCUGGAGUGUCCUUUUGUGCUGAAUUUGACCUAUCCUAAUUUUAAUUUUCAAAUAAUUCACUAGAAUAUAUUUACAGAUUAUCAAAAUGUCGGAUUUAGCUGCCAUUUUUAAAGGGCUGGCGAUGGCCACUAUUUUGAUAAUUCUAACAGUAAAUAUGGAGGUAUAAAUUCAUUGUUUUUAUACAUAAUUUCUUGGAAGGGAAAUGCUUCACUCUGUGUCCUACCUUACAAGUAUCAUGUUGUGGCAACCUGCAUUUUUCCUGCUGUUUGUAUUACAACUCCUAUUACCCCAGCUAUAUCCGUGCCAUACAUUGCUCCAACUUGUCUUAGCACAUUGACUCAAAAAUCUUACCAUCUUUCCUAAGCAAGCAUGAUUUAAAAAAAUAAAUAAAUAAAUGGGUGACCAGACAUUCCCUGUGUUGGGAGUGUAGUCAUAAUAAAAUCAAACACUAUCUGAAAAAAAUUGAUUUAAUUUUUAACGCUAUGUGAUCUGCAAGUGAAAUUGCCAGUAAAUUGUAUAGAUUUAAAAAUAUUGUUUGUUUGUUUUUUCCCCCAUCUCCAAGUCACUGUCUUAUUGGGUGGAGCAGAUGUGCUUGUUUCUCCUCCAUCUCCAAAUGCAAACCAAGACAUGUCUCAAUCAAUAAUAAUAUCUAGUGACAAUUUUAAGAAUGAUCCGAUACUGCAUUUAGCAAAACGGAAGGAAGAGGGUUCACGUGCAUCCACUGUAGCUUCUGAGAGGUUGAUCUAUACAUUUUGCUUGUAAUGUGGCUAGUUGAAUGUAUGGGUUAAAAAAAUUGUAUAAUAUCAAGUUAUUUCAUGGUUUAUUUGCGUGGCAGAGUUCCAGCUAAAUCACCUUAUUGCAAUGUGAAAAAUGUGCAACAGAGUUUCAUAAUAAACUGAAAAUCUGGUCCAAGAAUAGAAGUAAAAUGAAUGCAAUCUGGUGGUAUAGGACGGGACAUUUGAUGUGUGUUGUUAAGGGGGAAAGGGAUUUAUGAUACUUUUUUUGUGCCAUAUUCUGCAUUAACCCAGGUGUGCAUCCUGUGUACAAGUGGUUACUUAAUGAAGCAUAUGAGGGAAUGUAGAAUCUGCAUCUUCCAAGAGGAACAUUCUGAUAGAUUUUCUUUAGUGCUGCAUUAGUAUGAGGCAGCUGAUUUGAAGAUUGGUAUUCCAAACCAGUUCUCCAGCAUCUCAAAGUGUGCAGGUUUUCAAGGCCUCCUCAUAUAUCAAAGCAAGUGGAUUAAGCAAUGCUUUAGUAAUUCUGACAGAUCUAUCUGUGCUUACGUGAGAGCUGCCAACACAGGCAGCAAGGUUUUAAAGGGUCUUAUUUAAAAACACCAUCCUCCGGCAUAAUUGUCAGUUGUAUGAAUAUUUUAAGUACGCUGUUUAGCAGCGAUGGCUAACCUUGGGACUGGAGAUUUGAACUAAUCACGGAGGGAGGCAUGCGGGAAAAAAUGUAGUUGACAUACGUCUGGAGUGACAAGUUUAGCCAUCAUUGCUAUACCACAAUCAAAAUAGCGCAUUCGUUACUGGAAUAAUCUGAUAUAUAAAAUAGGUUAUUCAAGUUAGACAGAGAUGGUGAAUAUCAACUAUCAAGGUCUUCUAUAAGAUUAUCAUUUAAAAUAUGAAUACAAUAUAACUACUAUUCAGGAGCAGAUGUAAGCAACAUUCGGCACACAAGAUGUUCUGGAUUACAUCUCCCAUACUGCGCCUACAGCCACAUUACUGCCAAAGCAUCGGGGGAGAUAUAGUCCAAAAUAUCUGGAGUGUCGAAGGUCGCUUAUCCCUGCUUUAGAGCAUUGCAAGUCGAGAACAUUUGUUUUAGAAUCCAACCUUUUUUAUUUUUGUUCACACUAAACAUUGAGUUGUUACUCGAUUUUUAUUUUUAUUUUAUUUGUUAUCCCGAUACAUGUUUUCUAAGACCGCUUUUGGCAAGAUGUAGAAUUUAUACAUUUUAGCUUUGGAGCCCAGUCGGAUAGAGACUGGUUAAUCGAUAGGAUAAUCUUGCAUUACAUCUGAUGAAACAUCAAUCCAAAGGCUUGGAGGUAUAAUAGCUUCUUUCUAAUGCAUUUCAAUGGACCUAAUAAUAAUAUCAUAGAAUUGACGCAUUACCGUGAGGAAUCGGUUAAUCAAUCAUGGAAGGGAUCCCAUAGGAAUCACUGUGAUUUAAUUAAAUCAUUUAGCUUUUUUAUGCCUACAUUUUGCAAAUCAGUUGUCAGCUCACUUUUCAUAAACCCCUGGGUGUUUCCACAAUAGGACAUCAAACAACUGAAUCAAUCCACCUGUGUCCACAAUAAAAUAGUUUUUUACUCUGAACAGUUUAACUGAACUGAAUAAUUACUGAUCCAGUGAUAUUGAAAGGGGCAAUGCAACCGAGAGAGUCAGAUUUAUAAAGCAGCAUCAAUUCUCCUGGUAAA